AAAUAUACAUGCAAUUAUUAAAAGUAUAAACAAUAAUCACUUAUUAUUAAUAUAUAUAAAUGAUUGAUUAUUUUUAUAUUAUUUAAUUUUUGCUGUAAGAGUAAUGGUGUUAUCUUUAAUAAUUUCUAUAGUGUACAUUUAUGAAAAUAAAAAUUGAAAUGCAUUAAAUUUAAAGUGAUAAAUUAAAUAUUUUUGAAUGGGAUUUUGUUUACUAUUAUAUUUUUAUAACAUCAUAAACUGCGGAUGUUUGUGCACUUAUGACAAAUUAAUAUAUUGGGAUAUGUAUGAGAAUGUGUGUAAAUAUAAAAAUAUAUAAAAUAUCAAUAAUAAUCUACACGUUGUAUCGUUCAGAAAAUAAGUUUCUUUUUUUAGCUGCAGUAGUGUCGGAGAUCCAACUCCUCUACUCUAUCUAUAAUAUCUCUUUAUAUCUCUUCAUAUUUCUGCGACUUGAAGUUAUACUUGGAACAUUUAACGAAAAUAGUGAACUGACUUCAUCAUUCUGAUUUCUUAUUGAUUUUCUUUGCUUAAGCAUCACGUAAGAAAUAAUGUUAGGGACUGUGAAUGUAAUGUGAUAAACAGGAGUUUAAGUAACCAGGAAACUUUGUAACUUGGUAAUUACAUAACAAUUAAGGGGAUAAGAAGAUAUUUUUAUACGAUUAUUGAGCGAUUAAACUGAUCUACGCAAAUGAGGUUUAAUCACUUCACGCUUGAAAAAAUAGUGCCGCGAACAAAAUAAGAACAUAUCAUAUAUUUUUAUUAUUUUUAUUUUGUACGAAAUCGAAUGAAUCACAGCUACUUGUACUUGUGAAUGUAUUGAUUCGAUAAACUGAUUUAUAAAUGUAUAUAAUUUAUCUUUAAUCUCUUCACGCUCUUGGCCACGUAUGUGGACGUUUAGUUUUCUAUAAUUACAAUUACUGUCAAUAAUAAAAUGAACAAAAAUUUGACAAUAACAGAAAAAAAAUCGCCCCUGAAGAGGUUAAUAUAUUUCUGCGUUGAAGAUUUCAGACAUUUAGGCGAGUAAACACAUGUAGUUACUAAUCAUUUUUUUUACAGACGAGAAGUCAUGUUGAUUUUGUUUGCAAAUGAAGUUCUUUGGAGAUUGGAACAAGCGACCGAGAAAUCCCACAUCUAACAUUCACCAUGUCGGGUACACUCCUUUGGAAAUCCUUCUUCCAACAAAUAACUUUUGCUGAUUUGAUUUCGCUUAUUUACAACGUUCAACCUGACGCGAAGUAUGUCGGUUUCUACGAUUUGACGACACCUGUGAUCGCUAUUCGCGACAUCGAGCUGAUGAAGUCCAUCACAGUGAAGCACUUCGAGCACUUCCAAAAUCAUCGUAACUUGCAGACCGACGACGCAGAACCUCUGUUCAGCAAGAACCUCUUCGCCCUUCGUGACGAUCGCUGGAGAGAAGUAAGGACCCUGCUGAGUCCUGCGUUCACGUCUAGCAAGAUGAAGGCAAUGUUCAAUCUGAUGAACGAAUGCGCCAAUCGUUACGGGGACAUCCUGUGUACGUUGCCCGAGGGUGAGCGAACUUUAGAGCUCAAGGACGUUUUCACCAGGUACACGAACGACGUGAUCGCCACCUGUGCUUUCGGUGUGAAAGUGGACUCGAUGGCCGACAGAAACAACAAGUUCUAUGUGUACGGCAGGGAGGCUACGAACUUUUCUGGCAUAUCGAAGUCUUUGAAAUUGUUUGCAGUACGACUUACUCCUUUCCUAUCGAAGCUAUUUGGUAUAAAGAUGGUAAACCCCGAGAUCGCGAACUUUUUCAAAGAAAUGGUGGCUGACACCAUAAAAUACAGAGACGAGAAUAACAUCGUUCGACCAGACAUGAUUCAGCUGAUGAUGGAAACUAGGGGAAAACUGGGCCCAGGGAAAGAGCUCACUAUCGACGACAUGACCGCCCAAGCGUUUGUCUUCUUCUUCGGCGGUUUCGAGAGCACCUCGACCUUGAUGUGCUUCGCUGCUUACGAGGUAGGCGUGAACCCCGAGAUCCAGAAGAAACUGCAGGAAGAGAUCGACGAAGUUUUGGAGAACUGCAAGGGUGAACCGACCUACGACGCGAUCAAUGACAUGAAAUAUCUCGAUGCUAUUGUAUAUGAGGCGUUAAGGAUGUAUCCAGUCAUUGUGCAAUCGGACAGAGUUUGCACAAAACCCUUCGAGCUGGCACCAGCUUUGCCAGGAUUGAAGCCAUAUGUUAUCCAGGAAGGGGAAUAUAUUUGGAUACCGAUCUACGGGGUUCAUUACGAUCCCGAACACUUCGAGGAGCCGAACAAAUUCAAUCCUGAUCGGUUUUUCGACGAUCCAAAGAAGGUCGUCAAUUCUGGGACGUUCUUGAGCUUUGGAUUUGGGCCAAGGAUGUGUAUCGGUAACAGAUUCGCGCUUCUGGAGACAAAGGUCUUGAUGUUUCAUAUUUUUGCUCGUUGCACUUUCAAGCCGUGCUCCAAGACUAUUAUACCGAUGGUGUUGAGCAAGAAAGGAUUUCAAAUGACGUCUAUGGGUGGAUUUUGGUUCGAUGUCGAACCAAGGAAGAACAGGGUACCCGUUCUUGUUAAGUCUGGGGGCAAGACUAGCGUCUCCUAGAAUUUACUGUUUAUAUUGUCGCAUUUGUAUGUACUCGCAUUUAAAAAAUUUUACUGUGGAAUUUUUCUAUUUUUUUUUUUAAUGCUCGUUUAGAGUUGCAUCAACUACUCGUAGUGCCUUAACUUCAGGUAAUAUAAUUAAAUCUUGUUAAGGCAAAUGGUGUGUUUGAGAAUGGUAAUAACUUCUCUGGUAUUAAAAUUGAAUAGAUCGACGAAAACGAGCCUCGCUUUUCUAUUUUUAUCGUCGGUUAUCCCCAAUUCGUGUGACGCAAUUCGGCUCCUUGAAUUUAUAAUUAGCGCGAAACUUUAUUUAUACUGGGAACGGUUCGUGGAAUAGUGAGCCUAUUUUAUCAUUCCUAUUUCCUUGAUGUUUUCCUCUUCCUUUAUUUCUUUUCUUUGCUUCAGCAUUUUUUAACAAGUGGUAAUGUAAGAGAAAUAAUGUGAAAAAUUCUGAAUGUAAUCUAAUUGUGAAUAAAAGUAUAGAUUAUA